AUAGAAGAUUCAACCCUAGAGCCUCGUCAGGAUGCCAACACUUGUGGCAAAGCCUGUAGCUCUUGGGUUGUCCAACAAUGAGAAUUGCCAUUCCAUCACCUAACAAGCACCUCGCCCCUCUCUUCAAGUCUCCCACCACAUCUAUCAACUCGGUCGUCAAACCCACCUAUCCAUACUCAUACUUCCGCCGACUCAAGCACCGUGAGACGGGCCGCACCACCAUCGCUGCCAAGCGCAUCGCAAUUUGCAAAAAGAAAUGGAUGGAGUACCAAGGGAUCAACAAUUGGGAAGGCCUGCUCGACCCUCUCGACGACAACCUACGCCGUGAAAUACUCCGUUAUGGAGAGUUCGUCGAAGCCACGUACCGCUCGUUCGAUUUCAACCCUUCCUCUCCUACCUAUGCCACUUGCAAGCACCCCAGGAGCUCGCUCCUGGCCCGUGCCGGGAUCCAGGAGACUGGAUACCAGGUGACGCGUUAUCUGCGCGCCACGUGCGGGGUCCAGAUGCCGCAUUGGGCAUCUAAUGUCCCUAGUUGGAUGGGCACGCGGUCGAGCUGGAUCGGCUAUGUAGCGGUGUGCCACGACGGGAGGGAGAUUUCGAGGCUGGGGAGGAGGGACGUGGUGAUCGCGUUUCGAGGGACCGGCACGUGCUUGGAGUGGAUCGAAAACCUACAUGCCAACUUGACUUGUGUGGGCGGUGGCGGCGGCAACGGCAGAGAGGAGGGACCUAUGGUGGGAAGUGGGUUCUUAAGCUUAUACACAUCAAAAACAGCCUCUAAAAUGAGCUUACAGGACAUAGUAAGAGAAGAAGUUGCCAGGAUCAUCAAAAUGUACAGCGACAAGCCCCUUAGCUUGACGAUCACAGGCCAUAGCCUCGGUGCGGCACUGGCCAUUCUCAGCGCAUAUGACAUAAGAUCCAACUUUUCCAAUGCUCCAAUGGUGACUGUCAUAUCGUUCGGCGGGCCCCGCGUCGGGAACCGAACCUUUAGACGCUUCUUGGAGAAGAGCAAGGCGAACGUUCUUCGCAUCGUGAACUCGGACGACCUCGUCACCAAGGUGCCGGGACUAAAAGAUGACGUCGUGAGGCUCCUGUGGUUGUUCCGGGAACGCAUGGAGUGCACGUCGUCGACAUACACUGACGUGGGACGGGAGUUGAGGCUGAGUAGUAGGGAGUGCCCGUACCUCGGCAGCAUUGAUCUCGCCACGUGUCACGAGUUGAAGACGUAUCUUCAGUUAAUCAGUGGGUUUGUGAGCUCCAAGUGUCCUUUUAGGGCUACAGCGAAGAAGGUGCUGAGCGUGAAUAAAAGAAGAUCAAGGGAUAAAGGCCAAUAUCUUAAUUAAUAUGAGAAUCAUGCAUGAAUGCAUGCCAGUAAGCCUUCCUCACUCCCUCUCGAAGAUGUUCUUGGUAUGGAUCUGAUUCAUGCGAGCCAAAAUACACUCCAAAAGUAGGGUACGAGAGAUCUCGCGGGAGGUCGACACGAUCCAUGAAUAACUUCGAAUUGUUCACGACUAGCACGUGAAUAAAUAGCAUAGGAUGCAUACUUUUCGUGUGGUCGUUUGGGGGUUUGAAGAACCCCAGUGGCUUCACCUAUUAUUACCUUAACGCUAGAUAGGUAGUCGGUGAAGGUGUCGUGAGAAAAUAAAUUUGGUCUUUAUAGCUGUUUUCAACUCUUGGUUGAAAAUAUUGUGUCUAUUGCAUAUGUAUUUGUAUUCUGUUAUUGAAUGGACAGGAGUCAUUCUCGCCAUGUAAUUUUUCGUUAAUCUCUCUCUACGAUUAAAAGACAAAGUUAAGAAUA